AGUCUCAGGAAAAGAUCUAUAUUCUAAGUCCAUUAUUGACUGAUUGUAUCUUACAGAUGAGCUUGUUGAAGCCAGCGCAAUGGUCCAAGUUGAUGAAGAACAGACAGACACCCAGAACACUGAGGAAGAAGGAAAGGAGGAUGAAGGUGAAGAAGAGAAAGAAAAGAAGGAGGAAACAGAGGAUUACAUUGCCAGAGAAAGCCUGCCCCGUGAAACAGUACCAUCUGUAGUAAAUGACAAACCAAUCAAGAUGGAAUGUUGUAAGAGAGUUGGAGUUGAAGGUGGCAAACUUCAGCUAGAUUCCUUUGGGAUUGAACUUGAUAUCCCUCCGGGUGCAAUUGACAGCACAGCGCCACAAGGCAUUUCUCUUCGUGUCCUGACAGAUACUCCAAAUCUUAGCCACAGCAAAGCCGAGGUGUCAGUCUGCUUUGGUGUACAUUACCAGUGA